AUGGGGAAAGCCGCUACUAUUAGGUCAGGUACCAUCAAUUUGUUGAAUACCAUUAUCGGGGCUGGGAUCUUGGCCAUGCCAUAUGGUCUCAAGUCGAAUGGUCUUGUGUUUGGAUGCUUGCUUAUUGUUUGGUCCUCGCUCACGUCGUCCAUGGGACUCUACCUUCAGAGUAAAGUCGCCAAAUAUACGGCGCAGACAGAAGCUGUUUCGUAUUUCAGUUUGGCUCAGUUGACGUACCCGCAGUUUCUGAUCCUCUUCGACAGUGCAAUUGCCAUUAAAUGCUUCGGGGUUGGUGUCAGCUACUUGGUGAUCAUCGGGGAUUUAAUGCCCAAGAUCAUGGAAUCUCUUGAUGUGGCCUCGGGAAGUAUAUUGAUGCACAGAAAUUUCUGGAUAACCAUUUUCAUGGCAUUGAUAGUGGUUCCGUUGUCCUACUUGAAGAAAUUGGAUUCUUUGAGGUAUACUUCAAUUGUAGCACUUUUCUCGGUGGUGUACUUGAUCUGUCUUGUGGUGUUCCACUAUUCGGUUAGUGACAUUCCUCUUGAAGAGCCCAAGCAAAUCACCUGGAUUGGACCAGUUUCGCUCAAGUCUACAUUGUCGUCCUUCCCGAUUUUUGUGUUUGCCUACACCUGUCACCAGAACAUGUUUGCUAUCAUCAACGAGUUGAAACCUAGAUUGGGAGAGGGUGAAGCAGGCUCAAAGACCAGACAGUCGAACAUUAUCAUCAGGAACGCCAUUGCCACAGCUUGUGCUUCGUAUUUGGUUGUAGGGAUCAUUGGGUAUUUGACAUUCGGGGAUUUGGUUAACGGGAAUAUCAUUACCAUGUAUCCAAAGAACUCGAUACUGUCGUUGAUCGGUAGAUUGAGUAUUGUCAUUAUGGUAAGUUUAUCGUAUCCCUUGCAAUGUCACCCAUGUAGAGGAUCUGUGAACCAUGUAUAUUAUUACUUAACGAAGGGUUUCUCCAAGGAAGAAACACCAAAGUUGAGGAACCAUCCAUCAGUUUUGAAUUCAGCAGGUCACCGCUAUUCUAAUGAUGGUGAAACGCUUGGAUUGACUGCCGAUAUCGAAUCCGUAGCCGAUAAUAGUUCAAUUGGUGCCGACGAAUCAUUUGUAUCUACCACUCCAGUUGAAGGAGCCCAAGACACUGAUGGUCACGGUCCAAUCAUCGUUCCCUUGACUUCUAGAAGAUUUUAUAUUAUAACCACUUGCAUAGUAUUAUUAUCCUACCUCGUUGCGGUUACUGUUACCUCGUUGGAACAUGUGUUGGCAUUUGUUGGCUCCACUGGUUCCACUUCGAUCUCUUUUAUCUUACCAGGUUUGUUCGGGUACUUAUUAAUCAAACCAUUGGAUGGGGGAGAUGUGUUGUCGACUAAGGAGAAGUUUUGCAAGUAUGGAGGACUUGCGUUAGCCAUAUGGGGUGUGAUAGUUAUGGUGGUUUGUUUGAGUGCUACCAUUUUCCUUGGUGCAACCCAUUAA